AUGAGGAACAAACUAAAGACGCGCGAUGAAAUGAUCAUCCUCGAAAAAGUUACACCGCACCUGAAAGCAAAAAGCUCGCAAAGUAGCAUCCACGGUUACGGGGAGGACCUGAUUCGGCCUGGCUCGGUUGAGCUGUCGGCUUUGGAGCUGGCGGGUGUGGCUUCGAUUCCCACACGGUAUAAGUAUUUGGACUCCCAGACAAUGGUUCUGGAUCUGGGUGUUUGUUUACGAGGAGGGUUGUCGUCAGUCUGG